AACAUUUUAGAUCGAUAUUAUUGGAUUAUUUACUUUCACUGCUCGUACACUGUGUAUUAUGUAUUUUUGAUUCCUUGUGUAGGAUUAGGACGUGAAGGAAAAAUAAAAUGUUGCUGCCGCCUUGUGUGCCUGAUCAGUGUGGGAAGGAUUUCCGUCAUUCGUUGAAGAAGCCAAGUCCAAACUAUCCUUAUGGGUAUAAGACUAAGAAGCCUCGGCUGGUGCCGGCUUUUACCAUCCAGGCUAUGCAGAGGAAUACGAAGGUGAUUCCUCCGCCGAGAUGCAGUGUCUUCGACCCUAACCCCCCGAGGCCUACACUCUUCAGGAAGUGCUACCAGCGAGGCGAGUUUCCCGUGUCUAUUGAGUUCACUAUCCAUGGGAGGCGACUGGCAUGGAAGGUACCAAUAGAAAAGCUGGACUUCCACCACUACCUGCCAAUGUUCUUCGACGGUCUCUCUGAAGGAAUGUACCCAUAUACCUUCAUCGUCGAGCAAGGCAUCAACGACUUAGUCCAGAAAGGCUCCUACAAAGUGCUACCAACUGUGCCUCAACUCGUAAUACCUAUUAAAAGAGCCCUGGAAACUAAAAGGCCGACAGUCAUAUGCCACGCACUGAAAUGCAUCCAGAUGAUAGUUACGGGUUGCGACAAAGUUGGUGAAGCCCUGGUGCCUUACUACAGGCAGAUACUGCCGAUACUGAACCUCUUCAAAGAUAGAAACCGUAAUCUCGGGGCUGGCAUCGAUCACACAACUACAAGAAGAGAGAAUGUCGGUGACCUCAUAGAAGAAACCCUUCAGAUCCUAGAGCGCUAUGGAGGACCUGAUGCUUUCAUCAACAUAAAGUACAUGAUACCGACUUACGAAUCCUGUGUUCUGAAUUAAAAAGAAACAUAUCUGAUACUUGAGUGAAUAAUUUGUGAUAAAUUGUUUCGUGAGUACCACAGUUAUAUUGCUCUCUUGACAAAACUCUGUUUUCAAAAUUGUCCUUUUUAAAGGUGUUUUUCCUCUUUGAUCUGUUAUUCUAUGUGUUCAUGUGAAUAUCUGACGUAUCCAUAUUUAGACUAGUCAUUCCUGCACUAUACUGUACCUUAUGUUAUGCACAUAAAGAUUUAAUACUCAUCGUAGUUUAGAUUUAUUCAAUACUUGACUGAUCUGUCAACGUACCUAUUUGCAUAUAUCGUAACUUAUUUUACAAUUAUGUUACUCGAACACUCAAACAUUUAUAAUUAUGAUAUAAGUAGGUAGUAAAAUUCAAAAAGCACAUUGUUUAAAAAAUAAGAAAACAGGCAACUUUGUUUCAUUCGAAUGGUAUUGUGGAUCACCAUUGAUAAUUAUAAUGUUUUUUAAAUGUAAUGAAUAUAGGAUGUUUUAUAAUUAAUUGUUGUCAGCGAAGUUUUAUGUUGAUCAGUGAACACAAGGGCUUAGCGGACGUGGCUUAAAGACGAAGUGGUGUAAAUCACGAUCAAAUUUAAAAGCCACACGCAAUGUUACACGAUGUUUUCCAUUUGCGACAAUUUGUUUUGGUAGCUUAAUGAAAGCAUUUUGCGAAAGAUUCGAUUUAGAAUAGCUUUAGGUGGUUAGAGUAUUACUUAUUACUGUGUUAGAUAUUAUUGACACAAGUUCAAUUGGUAAAAGGGAUAAAAUAAAAAUGGACACAAGUUAUAAAUUGUUAUUACAGGUCCUUGUUUUCUUCUUUUGUAAUUAUACUUGCUGGUGAAAGG